AUGCAGAACUCCAAAGGCGGCGUGGCCACUUUCCCAAAGAUCAAGGCGAUCAAGACCUUUAUCAUCCAGGGCGUAGGCUCUGGUGGCGACUAUCAUAAUGUCAAAGGCGGCCACUGGCUUAUCGACUCGAAAAUUUCUACUCCAAUGUCCGGGUACGAACAGUACAGAAAGUCAAGGACAAGCUGGGGCAUCAAUGUGCUUGGGUCUUUCUGCGUUGAGCUCGAGGCUACCGAUGGUACGAAGGGCUUCGCGACAGGCUUUGGAGGACCCCCAGCCUGCUGGCUCGUUGCAGAGCACUUCAAGAGGUUCUUGAUUGGCGCCGAUCCCCGUGAUACCAACCAUUUGUUUGAGCAGAUGUAUCGUGCUUCCAUGUUCUAUGGCCGCAAAGGCUUGCCCGUAGCAGUGAUCUCAGUCAUUGAUCUAGCGAUCUGGGAUCUCUUAGGCAAGAUCCGAAACGAACCUGUCUACAAGAUGAUUGGUGGUGCAACCCGGGAACGACUGCACUUCUACUGCACCGGCCCAGAGCCUGCAGCAGCUCGGGAUGCCGGCUUCACAGCUGGCAAAGUAGCCCUUCCAUACAGCCCUGGUGAAGGACCAGAAGGCCUCAGGAAAAACAUCGAGUACCUACGACUGAAGCGAUCAGAAGUCGGACCAGACUUCCCAUUGCGCGUGGACUGCUACAUGAGUCUCAAUGUUCCAUACACGAUCGAGCUUGUCGAGAAGUGCAAAGACUUGAACAUCGACUGGUGGGAAGAAUGUCUCGCACCAGACGACUUUGAUGGCCACGCGCUACUCAAGCGAGCACAUCCUACCGUCAAAUUUACAACCGGCGAGCACGAGUACUCCAGAUAUGGCUUCCGAAAGCUCAUCGAGGGCCGGAAUAUCGAUAUUCUGCAACCUGACGUGAUGUGGGUUGGUGGCAUGACUGAGCUGCUCAAGGUCGCUGCUAUGGCAGCGGCGUACGAUCUGCCUGUGGUACCGCACGCCAGUGGGCCUUAUUCGUACCACUUCGUGGUAUCCCAGGCCAAUUGCCCCUUCCAGGAGUAUCUGGCGAACUCUCCGGAUGGCAAGACGGUGCUUCCGGUGUUCGGAAAUCUGUUCUCGAAUGAGCCUGUACCGACAAAAGGAUAUCUGGACAUCACCGAGCUCGACAAACCUGGAUUCGGUCUCGAGAUCAGCCCAGACGCACCGCUGAUUGAUGCCACCAACAUUCUCAAUCCCUCCCCGCAGAAGACGCUACCUGCACCAGAUACACAGCAAGACAAGUCCGAGAAGACUGCUUGA